AUGAACCUGACAUUCCAUCUUUAUCAGAGAAGAGAAGACCAUGGCCUAUGCUCUCCCCCAUCCCAUGCCCGUGCAGCUUGGCAAGGUGAAAAAGAAUCCCUGGAAGCGCGUUUGCACGAAUACGUGAAGCAAGGGAACUAUGAGAAAGUGAAGAAACUCCUGAAGAAGGGGACCUCUGCCAACACUGUCAAUUCGUUGGGACAGACACCUUUAUUCACAGCCGCCUUGCUGGGUCUUGGGAAACUUGUGGACAUUCUUCUGGAUUAUGGUUCGGACCCAAAUCACCGUUGUUACGACGGGAGCACUCCAGUCCAUGCGGCAGCCUUCUCAGGUGACCAGUCGAUUCUUAGCAAAUUGCUGGACGCCGGCGGAGACCUGCGCGUCCACGACAAGAACGGGAAGAACCCUCAAAGCUGGGCAGUGACGGCUGGGAAAGAUGUCAGCGCUCAGAUGCUAGAGUUUAUCCAGCGCUGUACAGCGCACAUGCAGGCUGCCCUCCACAGUAACUCCUUUGAGCUGCUCAGGAAAGUGGACUCUCCUAAAGGCUUGGUUUGUAGCCUCUCCAAGUUUGGGAGUAUCACACAAGGGACAGCUGACAGCCCUUUGAGAAGGCUUCUCAGACGUGGAAACAGUGUCCCCCCAAACCUUUACAGCUUUGGCUUUGGGAAGUUUUAUCUCACAGGUGGCAAGCUGGGCUACCUGGCAUCGCUCCCCAUAAUUGGAGAUAAAGAAGUGGUCCAGGCUGAUGACGAACCAACUUUCACAUUUCCCACUGGGCCAUACAUGAUGAUGACCAAUUUGAUGUGGCGUGGGAACCAGGUCACCGUGAAGGAGCUGAGUAUAAAGCCCCACCAGCACUGUAGCAGACUGCGCCUCGCUGACCUACUCCUUGCAGAACAGGAGCGCAGUAGCAAACUCCGCCACCCUCAUUUGCUGCUGCUCCUGGCUGUCUGCUUAUCCAGCGACUUGGAGAAAACUCGAUUAGUAUUUGAGAGAGUUAACUUCGGCUCACUCUACAGCAUCCUCCAUGAGAGGCGCUUGGAAUUCCCAGUCGUGCGCAUAGAGACAAUUGUGCACAUCCUGCUCCAGGUGAAUGACGCCUUGAGGUUCCUCCACUUCUGUGGCUUCAUCCAUCGCACUCUUAACUCCUAUGCGGUGGUGAUCGUUUUGCCUGGAGAGGCCAAGCUGACCAACCUGGAAUACAUGAUUGAAAGCAAGGAUGGAGGAGAGCACAGUGACCUGACACGGGUGCCUAUCCCUCCCCAGCUCUAUAAAUGGUGCGCUCCAGAAGUGAUCCUCGAGAGGUCUGCAACCACCCAUUCUGACGUCUACAGCUUCUGUGUGGUGAUGCAAGAGGCGCUCACAGAAACCAUUCCCUGGGAUGGACUCGAGGGGUCAGACAUUAAGGAUCUCAUUGUUUCUGGGCAAUGGUUAGAAGCUGAUGCCAGGCUCCCCAAGCCCUAUUACGAUAUUGUGAAGACUGGCCUGGAGUUCAAGCCAAAGCAGCGCACCAUGAACCUGCAAGACAUUCGCUACAUUCUGAAAACUGACUUAAAGGAGUUGAUUGAGUCUUGCAGGAACCCCCCCGGUGAAAAUUGUGGACCACCGAAGAAUGAGACCCGUUCUGACAUCAACAUCUGCUUGCCAUCUGCCUCCGCUGUCUUGGCCAAGAUGCCAGAGGUGCAAGAAGGGCCAACCCAAAUUGCCAGGACUUUCAGUGCAUCAAGAUGCAUUGCUUCUCAUGAAGAUGAAGGUGACAUGGUCCACGAUCCCGAGCCUGUAAUUCGCAUGGCUCAGUCCAGUCCCGUUCUGAAUGUCUCUCCCACAACUCUGGGUGACGCCAGUGACACAAAUGAGAGCCUUCGCAGUUUUGAAAUCAAUGAGAUCUAUACCUGCUACUCAGAUGUAUGUGAAGAGAGUGUGGAGGAUGAGGAAGAGAUGGAAUGGGUUCCGAGAACCCAAAGGGAGUCGCACACUUUUCCAAGGUACGGGCCCAAAGUCCAAUCACCAGAACCCACCAAAACCCAAAAUCAUCAGAAGAGUUGCAGCGAAGAAAGCAACACCUCCUAUACCAGAACAGAGUCCCAGAGAGAGGAGCUGAAUGAUUCCUCUGAGUGCUCCCAGAGUCCUCCUGGACAGUCCUGCCCGAACAUCGGUUGUGGCAACAACAGGGGCAAGGUUAGCCAAUCCUCGUUUGAUCAGAAAGUGGCAAAAUGUGUCCUAACUUUAACAGUUUGUAAGACGAAGCUGCGAGAAGCAACGGAGUCUCUCUGCCGCACGGAAAAGAACUUGGAUGAGAUAGAAGCCCGCAGUGAGCUGUGCCAGUCCCUUCCAGGGACUCAGCGGGUGCAACUGCCCGGUCUCUCAGCUUCUCUCAAGGCUUACUCUGAGAAAGUGGAUACCAUCUUGAAAAGUAUUAAGGUGCCCUUCAGCGGAGAUCAGGCACUCCUGUGGAAAGCAGUUGGCCCUCCGAGAAAAAACUAUAUCCCUCCACCACUGUGUCUUCCAGGCACAUAUCAACCCCUGACCAUUCCUUCUUUCCAAGUCCUAGAAAAGGAGCAUAACAGUGACAAUAGAAGCCAAGACACCACAUGCUGGGACAAGUUUAGAUUGGAAGCACCCAAAUGGCCUGGGGACAGAGGAGGAUUGGAGCCAGACUAUCAGGUUUUGCCCCCAGGUGUAUCCGUCCGGAGGAGGAAGAACGCAAACCAGUCACGUUGCAGGAAUGCCUUCGUGGAUGGAAUCAACGCUUCAGAAGAGAUCUCUUCAAAAUCUGUCCCUGAAAUGUACGAAGCAAGUCUGAGAAGAGAGGAGAGGAGAAUGGCACAGCCUGCCUGGACAACGGAAGUGAAACAGAUGGCGAAAAAGGCCGUUUCUGGUAAUCUCGACCCUCCUCCUCAGUACCUUUGCAGUGGCUGGACAUUGGAGAGUGAGGCGGAAAGCACCAGGGAUGCUUUUGAGAGUGCCACCAGCCGAGAACAAAUCGGUUGCUGCCCCCCGAAUUGUGAAGCAGGAAGACAGCAAAGUGGCAACGGAAUUGGAGUCCACAAUCUGGUUUUUUACUGUGACGGGGAGAGAGAUCCAGAGAAGGAGCUGAAAAGAUUUGGGGGACCCCAGAACCAAAGCAAAAGCAGCCAAUUUCCAACAAAUGAGGACCUAAUCACAUGCGGAGUAACCUCGCGCAAGAAUGCGGCCCUUUCUGUCACUUUUGAGGACCUUUGCAAGAGGCAGCUAGAGGAGGCAGCCUAUUCCCCGUCUUCCUCUCUGGAUUUAUUUGAGGAGUUUCUAACUCCUGACUCGGAUUUCUUUUUUGACUCUUUAGCUUUUCAUGAACAUUUAAAACUAGAGAGUUCAACUGUUGAAGAUGAAGACCUGGAAAUAACCCAAAUAAUGUGCAGACAAGAUGACUUGGAAGUGUCCCAAGAAAUCUGUGGGAAGAAACAACAUCCCAUAGCUGCAGGGCAAGGAGGAAAAUGGUCUCCCUGCAGUGCGGAGCCAGAACAUCUCCACAAAGAAGCUCCAGGAGGGGACCUUUUUACAGCCAGCACUGGAACGACACAAGGUGCGAGACCUGGAGAGGCUCCGGGAGAGUUCAAAGAGAAAGAUGUAUUGGUUACAGACAUUCAGGACUUGUCCAGCAUCCCUUAUGAGGACACAUGCAAACCAGCAGGUUGUAAAACUCCCGGGAACACUCAUUCACCAACAUGCGCCAGCACCCCCCUCCAUCCAGCUCCUGCCACAUCAAGAGUUUCCUCGCCUGUCACGGAAUGCAAGGAUCACUGCGUGAUGACCAUCGACUUGACUUGGGCUAGCCAGGAAGGGUCCUUGUCCGGACUUGGCACCUUCACCGCAUCCUACGAGAAAGGGAAGACUGUGGAACUGACCUCUGCUGGAUUCCCUGAACCUGGUGUCUCCUCGGAGUCCAGCUGUCCAUCACUGGUUCGGACGGGUACGAAAGAGUCUGAGAAAAAGCGUCUUUCUACUCUGCAGAGCCACUGCCAAAAAGGAGUUCCUGAGCAAGCGGAUUCGAAAGAACAAGAGCUGGAAGAAAUAACGCUGAACAAGUGGCAAGCUGAUUGCAGCCCCUGGAUCAACGAGACUUCAUGUCUAGAAGAAACAGAAAGGGCUCAUUCAAGCCUUGACAAUAUUUUGAGUGCGCUCUACGAACCCACUGCCGACAGCCGCAGCCUUCGUGAAAAGCCUCUGGACCCUGCCAAGAGGAAACCAAGCCGUGCCAAUCUCCGAAAUAUCGAGAUGAAGGGGAGCAUGGAGGACAGCUUCAGUGAAUCGGACGGUUCUACCGAGAAUGCCGAAGGUCUUUUUUGAUCAAUAAAAAGAAAUCCUGAACUCUGUUGGUUAAUUAUGUGUUGUAUGUUCCUCAACUAGUUUGAAACGGGCAAUUUCUAGUUUAUUUUCAAUUCACUAAACAAUGCCAGGACGUACUGUUAUUUGUGCAGUUAUCCAAUUUGCAGUUAAGUUUUUAAAAAACUAUUUUUAUUAAUAAAUAAAACAAAACACACAUGGACACAGGCUUUUACAUAUGCGUAUGUAAAAGGGAAUGUCAUUAGAAUACAUAAGUAGUCAACCACCAAAGCUGUUAAUGCAACACUUGCAUUGCAUGUCUUUCAAUCCCUUUGUUGUAAGUUCCUCAAAUCAUUAAAUCACUUUGACUUGUUUCUA